CGAUUCUAUGUAAGUACUUCACGACAGUUGAAACGUCUUGAAUCGGCGUCGAGGUCACCGAUCUACUCCCAUUUCCAAGAAUCUAUUCAAGGUGCAGCGUCAAUUCGUGCCUACAGAUUGGUAGAUGAAUUUGUCAAGGAAUCUGAGCGAAGAGUGGACGAAAAUCUGGCUACUUAUUAUCCAAGUAUUGUAGCGAAUCGAUGGCUUGCGGUGCGCCUCGAACUUGUUGGUAAUCUCAUUGUUAUGUUUUCGGCACUUUUUGCGGUACUCUUCCGAGACUCUCCCGGCCUCACUGCGGGUCUAGUUGGACUUUCUGUGUCAUAUGCUUUGAAUAUAACGCAAACGUUGAAUUGGGCUGUACGAAUGACAAGUGAAUUGGAGACAAAUAUUGUCGCUGUGGAACGUAUCAAAGAGUACAGCGAUACUCCGAUCGAAGGAGCUCAUUCCAAAGAGAAGCCAGCCGAUUCAUGGCCACAGCAAGGAAGGAUUGACAUCAGAAAUGUCUUUUUGAGAUAUCGUGAUGGUUUGGAACCGGUCUUGAAGGAUGUCUCUGUGAGUAUUCAACCGAAAGAAAAGGUCGGAAUUGUUGGACGAACCGGAGCUGGGAAAAGUUCAUUAACGUUAGCUCUAUUCCGAACUGUUGAAAUAGAUAGUGGAAGUAUUGAAAUUGAUGGCGAGAACAUAUCAAAAUUGUCGCUAGAAGAGUUGAGGUCUCGGCUAACAAUCGUGCCUCAAGAUCCGGUAUUAUUCUCAGGAACUUUGCGGUUUAACCUGGAUCCAUUCGAUGCCUAUACUGACGAAGAAAUUUGGAACGCUCUCCGGAAUGCUCAUUUGGAGCCCUUCGUCUCGUCACUUGCUGAAAAACUGCAACAUCAAAUCUCAGAGGGAGGGGAGAAUUUGAGUGUUGGCCAACGUCAAUUGCUGUGCUUAGCUAGAGCUUUGUUACGUAGGCCGAGAAUUUUGAUUUUGGACGAAGCAGCAGCAGCUGUGGAUGCUGAAACAGAUUCCCUUCUGCAGAGAACUAUACGUGAACAAUUCGCUGAUUGUACAGUAUUGACUAUAGCACAUCGACUACAUACGGUGAUGGACUGUGAUCGGCUUCUUGUCCUGUCGGCAGGAUGUGUUGUAGAAUUUGAUUCACCUCAGGCACUAUUGACUAAAACAGAUGGCGUUUUUUAUGGUAUGGCUAAAGACGCUGGUAUUGUAUGA